CCGACCACCGCCUGCCAUAGCCAGAGCCAUUUUAUCCACAUGCAACAAUAAAAUCUUCUCUCACGACUCUUCCCAUUCCUCUUAUCUGCGGUGCCCUCUCCUCGACUCGUCAUGUCUCCCUCCUCUUCCUCGACUGGCACGCAGAUCAACCAAACCAUCGACAAGCUCCCCGAAGCUAUCGCUGACAAGCUACCCCACGUCCCCGAAACGAAACAGCAAUUGAAGGAGGAGCUCAAAGAAGCAGAAGUCAAGGCCUUCGCAGGCCUACGGAGUCUCGCAGCUGGUGGUUUCGGUGGUGUAUGUGCUGUUAUCGUCGGACAUCCUUUUGAUCUGGUCAAAGUCCGUCUGCAGACCGCUGAACGAGGGGCAUACUCUAGUGCGCUUGAUGUCGUGAGGAAGAGUGUUGCCAGAGAUGGCUUGAGGAGAGGUCUUUACGCAGGCGUGAGUGCGCCUCUGGUCGGUGUUACUCCUAUGUUUGCGGUAUCCUUCUGGGGAUACGAUGUCGGAAAAGGCCUCGUAAGACGCUUCUCUACGGUCGAGAACGAUCAAUUCACAGUCGCGCAAGUCUCUGCAGCUGGUUUCUUCUCGGCAAUUCCUAUGACAGCCAUCACCGCACCUUUCGAGCGCGUCAAAGUCCUGCUACAGAUCCAAGGCCAGAAACAACUCGCACCAGGUGAGAAGCCAAAAUACAGCGGAGGAGUGGAUGUUGUGCGGCAAUUAUACAAGGAAGGAGGCGUGCGAUCAGUUUUCAGAGGCUCUGCUGCUACUUUGGCACGAGAUGGUCCUGGUUCAGCGGCAUACUUUGCAACCUACGAGAUCAUUAAGCGGAAAUUAACACCGGUUGACCCACUGACUGGGAAACCGAGCGGAGAUCUAAGUUUGGUCGCUGUUUGCACAGCAGGUGGAGCAGCAGGUGUUGCGAUGUGGAUCCCAGUGUUUCCAAUCGAUACCGUCAAAUCGAGACUGCAGACCAUGGAGGGGAAGCCGACUGUUGGCGGGGUCAUCAGUGGGCUUUACAAGAACGGUGGAUUCAAGGCCUUCUUCCCUGGUUUCGGACCAGCGCUGGCGAGAGCUGUGCCUGCGAAUGCAGCGACGUUCUUGGGUGUUGAGCUGGCUCAUAAGUUCAUGAAUAAGACAUUCGGGUAAGAGAGUGACAGGAGAGAGGGUUCCUAUGUACUUUUAUUCUCAUGAUCCAGAGCAUUGCGAUUGAAAGACAGGACUUUGGAGGAGUAUGGCAUAGACAGACAUUAUGAAGAAUCUUUGAGCGAUCAUUCU